ACAACACUAGUGCUACUGCUCCAUGCAAAAGGAUUCAACUGUCGGCACUCCUAUGUCAUAAAUCAUUAAUUUUUAAACAUUAUCAAGUUUACAUUUUAUCGUUUAUUUAAUUAGUUAUCGAUUGAUUACUUUGUAUACGUUCAAUGUAUGGGGUAUGUUUUCCCAGUCUCUCAAUUACUGCUAAACUUUCACUAGCUCUGUAAUGUGAAUGCUAUGUUGACUGUCAAUUUAAACGCAUAGGUACCUAUUCAAUUUAUGAGUAUUGAGUAGGGCAUGGCUACGACGAAUUACAUGGAAGUGAAAUUAGAUUAACAUUGGCCUCUAUUAGUUGAAGAUAUUUCAUUAAAAAUUGUGCAUUUACUAAGUUACAAUGUUUUCGAAGAAAAAGAAGAAGCCUUUAAUUUCACCUCCCAGUAACUUCGAGCAUAGAGUUCAUACUGGCUUUGACAAAAGAGAGGGCAAAUUUGUUGGUCUUCCACUACAAUGGGCCUCGCUUGUUGGAAAUAAUCAGAUAUUGAAGUCUACUAAUAGGCCACUACCCUUAGUUGAUCCAUCAGAAAUAACGCCUACAGAGAUAUUGGAUUUAAAGACUGUCGUGAGGGGUGAUCACAGAACAAGCUCGGUAGCAGCAAUAUCACGUCCCACAUCCACCAAUCCCACAUCUCAGCCGAUACAGAAUGGUGUUGUUUUACCAAAAACAUCAAAUGUUGCCAGAUCUAAUUCUUUAAGGAGUUCUAGUCCGCCAAGAAUAAGGCGUGACUUACGUAGUCAAGCUAACAUCCCCCCAUCAGUACCUGAGGAAUCACCACCAAAUGUACCUGCCUCUGCUCAAUAUCCAUCCUUACACCGUGAACACAGUAACUACACUCUUAACCAACCAAUAAGGGAAUCCCCAGUUGAAUGGUCACAGCAUGCUCAUGAAGCAACAAUAAGAUCAACAAAUGAUGUAAAUGACAAUCAACAAUCAAAUAUGACAUACCAGAAUAUACAAAAUGCAAAUAUACCUUAUCAACAUAAUCAUCCACCUCCACAGUCUAUGUUGCAUCAACAAUCACUUGGUAUGAAUGGAAAUAAUAUGAAUUUAGGUGAUUCAUACUCCAGUGGUGUUCGGCACCCAGGGCCUCCGCCCCCCGCCACGCAGUUGCCCCUCGCCGCCUCUAAACAUGAGUUACGUUUGACCCAUGAACAGUUCCGCGCCGCACUCCGUUUGGUAGUGAGCGAGGGUGAUCCCAGAGAGACGUUGACGGGAUUUAGUAAAAUCGGGAAAGGCAGUACCGGCGUGGUCUGCGUGGCAACCGACACGAGGACACGACGCCGCGUUGCAGUCAAGAUGAUGAACUUACGUAACCAGCAGAGACGAGAGCUGUUGUUUAAUGAAGUGGUGAUAAUGCGCGACUACCCUCACCCAAAUAUAGUGGAAAUGUAUGCUUCAUACUUAGUAGGCAAUGAAUUAUGGGUUGUUAUGGAGUACAUGGCUGGGGCCUCUCUCACCCAAAUAGUCACUAGAGCGAGAAUGGACCCUGAACAAAUUGCUACUGUUUGUAAACAGUGCUUGAAGGCUUUAGCAUUCUUACAUGGACAAGGAGUAAUCCACCGAGACAUAAAAUCGGAUUCUAUUCUUAUGACAGCUGAUGGACGUGUCAAACUGUCUGACUUUGGUUUCUGUGCUCAAGUCUCACAGGAGCUGCCAAAGCGCAAAUCCCUAGUGGGCACGCCAUAUUGGAUGUCGCCGGAAGUGGUGUUGCGUCUGCCAUACGGGCCGGAAGUGGAUGUGUGGUCGCUCGGCAUCAUGGUUAUCGAGAUGAUUGAUGGGGAACCGCCGUUCUUCAAUGAACCGCCGCUGCAGGCGAUGCGACGCAUCCGCGACAUGCCGCCGCCGCGGGCGCGCGGGCUGGCGCGCUGCCCGGCGGACCUGGGCGCGUUCCUGGAGUGCGCGCUGGUGCGCGACCCGGCGCAGCGCCACUCGGCGGCGCGCCUGCUGCACCACCCCUUCCUGCGGCGCGCCGGCCCGCCCGCGCUGCUCGUGCCGCUGCAGCCGCCGCAGCCGCCGCAGCCGCCGCAGCCGCCGCCGCCCUCCUGAGCCGCCCGACGGAUCACGAGAUAUACAAGUUACGAAGUCGAACGCUCUCCGAGUGAACCAAUGACGAAAUCAGUUUUUUUGCUGACAAUGACUAUCAUGACAUUGUUUCCACCUAUCCUUAACAGCAUUUCAAAUAAUAUACAUGUUUUAUGGUGACAGCUUUAUUGACGACUAAUAUUUUUAGAUGUCAUCACUAUUCACCAGAAAUCCAGUGAAUCAUUCCACUAUAAUUAAUAUACUAAGUAUUAAUCACUCAUUCCUUAUGUUAUGCAUGCGUGUAGUAUAUAAAUCAACUUCUAUUUUUCUGCAAAGUUAUUUAUAUUGUUGACGAUAUUAUUGUUUUGCCAUAGAUUGUUGGUUAUAAUAUACAAUUUUCUUAGGUUAUGACAAUGCCUUGAAUGUAAGUUAAGAUUGUUUCGCCCCGUCCAUUGGCCGUUUUAAUAUUGCAUUAGUUAGAUUAUAUUAUCGACAAAAAUCACGUUGAGGCCUUUGUUAUUGUGUAAUUAGUAAUAUAUUUGCUAUGAAAAUUAUUUCUUGUAAGUGGAUAAAGUGAUUAGACGUUAGUGCCAGGUUCAGUGCCUCAAGUUAAAAUUAAUCAGUAUUAUUAUUAAAUCAAUUUAAUGAUUAUUGUAAUUUUUAUAUGUAUUUUGUAUUGGUAGCUCAAUAUUUACCUACGUGAAUAAAUUAUAAUUGGUAGAAUAUUUGAUUUAUGGGGGAAAUAUAUAUUUUUUUAGGUGUGGCCUAAUUUGUUAUGGACAAAUUGAUAUAAUAUUUCGAUAAUCAAUUAUUAUUAAAAUAAUGUUUGUGUCACUUUUUUCUUUAACUAUUUUUCUUAACAUUCCAUUCAUAAUCAUGUUAAUUUAUUUACUAAUGAACUGUGUUACAAAGAUUUUGCACCUAAAGUGAUUACUUAAAUUGUUGAAAAAUGCUAGCAUAUUAAUACGAUACUUAGACUGAACAUUUUUUCUGUAGAAGCUAGUUUAUUUAAUAAUUCAGUACUUACUAAAGGCAUAUUCAUCAUGAAGUUUGAUCCGCCUUCCCUAAAAUAGAAUUUUGCUAUAAAUAUUUUCGAUGUUGUGAAAAAUUAUGAAUUGCAUACUCAAUAUUUUUUUUAGUAGUAUGAAAUAACGUGUUGUUAAUUUCUAAAGAGAAUUAGUGCAAUCGUCACUAUAGAGUGUGUAAAUGGCUAUAAGCCGCCGAUUGAUCACAUAAGAUUAUUGCCAGUGCCUGCACAUGUUGUAGAUUUUUUGCUGCCUUAUAGAAAUUAAGUGCCUUAACGGUUUGCAUUGUUUGAUUUUGCACAUUGCACUUGACUGUUUCAUCACAAACUCACUCAACCCCGAGAAGCAAUAGAAGUAUAGAUGUGUAAUUUAUUGUGACUCAAUUUUUAAGGUAUAUGCCAAAUAUAUUGUAAUAUUGUCACGUUGUUAAGAACUGUUAUGAUAUAUAGAUUUUUGAAAGAAAA